UGCGGCUGUUAUGGCGAUGGUUUCGUCACUUCCGCAGAUAUGGCAGCUGUCAUGGCUCUGCUCCCAUGUCGGCGCUUCGGGCCUAGAAAGAGCCUUUGCUUCUGUUCCGGUCGUGCAGCCUUUUUGGGGUGGCGAGGCGGCUCAGCGAGGUCCAGUGCUUCGGAGGCCGUGUAUGAUGUAGUGGUGUCAGGCGGUGGCAUGGUCGGAAGCGCCAUGGCUGCUGCACUGGGACAUGAUGUUCAUCUCCAUGAAAAGAAAAUCCUACUACUUGAGGCUGGCCCCAGGAAAGCAACUAACCAGUUGCCCAAGAGUUAUAGUAACCGAGUCAGUGCUAUAACUCCUGGCUCAGCAACUCUUCUUAAUAGCUUUGGUGCUUGGGAUCAUAUUUGCAGUAUGAGAGUCAAACCUUUUCGGCGAAUGCAGGUAUGGGAUGCUUGUUCUGAAGCCAUGAUAAUCUUUGAUAAAGAUAAUCUGGAAGACAUGGGAUAUAUAGUGGAGAAUGAUGUUAUCAUGUCUGCUCUAACCAAACAACUGGAUGCCAUAUCAGACCGAGUGGAAGUUCUCUACAGGAGCAGAGCACUUGGGUACACCUGGCCCCUUCCCUAUCAAACCUGUGACUCAAGCCCUUGGGUUGAAAUUGAUUUAGCAGAUGGACGCAAACUUCAGACCAAACUGCUGAUUGGUGCAGAUGGGCAGAAUUCUAUGGUCCGGAAGGCAGCUGGACUUCAGAAUAUUCAGUAUCAGUAUGAUCAGUCUGCAGUGGUUGCUACACUCCACUUGUCUGAGGCAACAGAUAACAAUGUGGCAUGGCAAAGAUUCCUUCCAUCUGGACCGAUUGCUCUUCUCCCGCUGUCUGACACUGUCAGCUCCUUGGUUUGGUCCACAUCACAUGAGCAUGCAUCUCAGCUUCAAAAUAUGGAUGAGGAAAGUUUUGUGGACUCUAUCAACUCUGCUUUUUGGAGCAAUGCAAAUCACUCUGACUUCAUUGAUACUGCUGGAUCCCUGUUCCGAUCGGCUGUUUCUCUGCUGAUGCCGUCAGGGUCUGUAGCUCGUCAGUUACCCCCAAGUGUUGCAAAAGUGGAUCUAAAGAGCCGAGCUGUGUUCCCUCUUGGACUGGGGCAUGCAACUGAAUAUGUCCAGCACCGAGUGGCCCUUAUUGGAGACGCAGCUCACAGAGUACAUCCUCUGGCUGGUCAGGGCGUAAAUAUGGGUUUUGGUGAUAUCACAUGUUUGAUGCAUCAUCUCAGCGCUGCAGCAUUCAACGGGAAGGACCUGGGCUCUUUAAAUCAUCUUCUACAGUAUGAACGAGAACAACAAACACACAACCUUUCUAUCAUGGUUGCAAUUGACUUGCUGAAGAGGCUGUACUCUACAAGUGCAGCUCCUUUUGUGCUGCUAAGAACAUGGGGACUGCAAGCAACUAAUGUGGCCAGCCCAGUUAAAGAGCAGAUCAUGGCAUUUGCCAGUAAGUGACCUCCACUUGCAGCUAGAUUUACUGUUCACUGCCAAUUGCUGGAGACUCAGAUUUCAUUUGUAAAGGAUGCAUUGCAUUCAAUCUAAGAUACUUAAACAGAUGAUGGAAAAAAGAGGAACAAGAAUUCUUACGUCUGUUUGUUGUAGCUGAAGUUUGUUUUCCCCUUCAGAGAAAGCAGCAGUUGCUUUUCUCCUCUAAUGCCAAUAAUUUUCUGAUUGUAAUCAGUACUGUACUUCUGAAACUGUGGUCAACUUGACAGAAAUACAUCAUUAGUAGGAAUUUACUUGCAGCCACAGUUAAAGCCCAGUUUAAGAACCGAAAGAAUUUUCUCAUGCUUUGGAGGCAGGCAUAAGGGGUGCUGAAGGAUAGCUUGCCCCUCAGAUUCUGAGUUGGGUCAGGUUAGUGGUUUCUCAAGUAUUGUCUGAUUCUUCCUACUUAAACAACUUUUUCAACCUUGGCCUUUUAGAUAUGGGAUGUCUGGUUUCUGUAAAAACAGGAUAGGGUCUACUCUCUCCCAAGGAUUACAACAGUAUUGUCGUUCAUUAUUUAGGCAAGCGCACCAAGGGUAAGGAUCAAUUACAAGCUGGAGUCCAACAACAUUGUUAAAAUAUCAUUUAAUUACUAAAAUAGACAUUCAGAGGGCCCUGUCUUGCUCAUGCACCCACCAGCAAAUCCUGAUGGUAUCUGUUUAACUGCUUUGCAGCACCAAGUAAUAUUAAUAGUUUCAGACGGGGAUAAUUGUGCUACCCCUUCACAAUCAACCAAUCUGAGAAGAAAGUGUGAAUGAAGAGAUAUCUGAAGGCCUACAGGGUAUCACCUGAACUCAUACGGUGCUAAAUAUGCAGACAUUGAAGAGAGGCUCAUUUAGCUUAAAAUUUGGGGGAUAAUUAAGGAUAAACCAAAAUGGGUCCUUUUAAGCUGCUGCACCGGGAUUAAAUAUACUUAAAACUAUGUAAACACCUAAAACCUGUUUCUGCUUCUGCUUUUUAUUUUUAAAAAAAUCCUUGAAUUUAGUGUUCAGUUUAAAACUUCAUUAUAACUCCUCCUCUACCACUUAUGUAUGUAAAUCUUUUAACAAAGGCCAUUCUAUGCAGGUCAUUAAAUGUAUAGUCUUGUUUCACUGAAUAGACAUGGA